AUGAAAGAAAUAUAAAUUCAAUGUUAGUAAAGUUAUGAAAUCUCACAACCAUUAGCAUUUACAUUUGAUGAAUUAUCAAAAAUACUGUAUGUAAUUGAUGAAUAAUCCAACAUCAUCAAAUACGAAUACAAUAAUAAAUCGAUAAGCAUUUAAACUACUUACAAAGUCGGUUAACAAAUUCAGAAUAACUCUCAAAUCCUAUCCUUUCAAUAUUUAAUGGAAAAUGAUCAAUUAAUUAUUGUUUAUAGAGAUGGAGCUAUAAUCAAAGUGUAAAAGGAUGAGGCUGAAGUCGUUGGAUAGUUUGAAUGUGGAGUAUUGGGUGCAGCAUGGAAUCCAAAUCAAGAAUAAUUAGUGGUUGUUUGUGGAGAUGGAAAAUUAGUGAGCUUUGAUGUACAAAUAGAACCAACUAAAGAAAUUAACAUAGAAGGAAUCCUUGAUCAAUUGGUCUCUAUUUCUUUUAAAAACGAUGGAAAAUUUUUUUCAUUAAAUUAUGCUGUUUAGGAUGGUAGAAUAUGUGAAACAUAUGAUGUACAAUUAGAGAAAUUCAGAAGUCCAAGCAAGUCAGACCCUGAAGGAGGAUUAGUAUAAGCAAUCUUUGAGAAACCCAGAAAUCUUGUUAAUACAGUUUCAUGGUAGCCUAAUAGUUAAUUCAUUGCUGGUAUUUAAGAGAAACAAGUUAUAUUUUGGGAGAAGAAUGGAUUAAGACACUUAGAAUUCAACAUAUUCGAGGAUUCUACAAAUGUUAAAUGGAGUCCAGAUGGAGUUAUUUUGGCUGUCUAAUAGGGAAACAAAAUAACAGUUCAUUUAAGAUAAAAUUAUAAAUGGUAUGCAAAAAGAGCAUUUAAGUUUGAAAAAGUAGUAGAUUACACAUUCAUUGAGAAUAAUACUUUGGUAGUGUUUAAUUAAAAUAAUGUGAGCAUUUUUUGGUUGAAUUAUCAAUUUAAUAAUACUACUAUAGGUUUAUCGACUGAUUAUGAUACCCUUUUAGUAAGUGAUUAUAAAAAGGGAGUAAUCCCACCCCCUUUAAGUCAUUUCUAGUUAAAAGUGGAUAGUCAAAUAGAUUUAGUUUAUUUUGAUAAAUUGAUUUAUGUUUAUUCUUUUGAUGGAACUCUAACAAUAUUUGAUAAUGCCAAUGUGUUGGGAAAAGUUAAAUUAGAUAUUGAAUAUGCACAUAAAUUGAUUUGUUAUUAGGAUAAAUAAUAGGAUGUCAUUUUUUGUCAUGCUAUUUUUGUUGUACAUGAAGCUGAAAGUGAUAAAUUAGUGGAUGUUGUGAUCUCACCAAGUUUUGAAAUUAUAAAUAUUUGGAGAAAAGAGUUCUCUUAACCUACUUAAGUGUCUGCUUUAACUAAAAAGGGACAUUAAAUAAUAUUGCAUUCAAGAUUUGGAGAAAAGUUUAUAUAUGAUUAGUCAUAAGAAGAAAGCUUAAGUGAAUUUGAUUUGGCAAAUAAGGAAUAAAAUGUUUAUGAUAUAAAGAUCUAACAGCAUAAUGAAUGGAUUGCUUGUCUGAAAUCUAAUAGCAAAUUAACAUUAAAUAAUCAAUUAGUAACUGCAGAAUGCACUUCAUUUGCAUUUUUUGAUCAUUUCUUAGCAUUUACUAUUAACACAGCAGACUAAUUUCAUAAUUUAUAUAUACUAGAUCUCAAUAAGCCAAUCUAAAUUGAUAAGAAGAGUCUGAAUACUAGUAAUAUAGAAAGAGGUGCUAAAAUUUUGGCGAUUGUUUCUUUAGAUAGACUAAUCGUCUAAAUACCAAGAGGAAACUUGGAGACAACAGCUCCUAGAGUUAUGGCAUUGCAUUUAUGCAAAUAACUUUAUGAAAGCAAGCAAUAUAAAACAUGUUUUGAAAUGAUUAGAAAGCAUAAAUUGGACAUGAAUCUUAUGUUUGAUUUUUCAGGUGAAUUAGAUGUCUAGAUCAUUGAAUAGUUAUCGGAAUAAUAUCUUUAACUUUUUAUUUAAUCAUUAAAUAAUGAAAUCAGUUUUGAACUUCCUUAUGUUUUGACGGCCGAACAGUACAAACAUCAGAAAGUGUUAAUAGUGGAUAAAACUUUGGGAACAUCCAAAAUUAAUUAUGUUUGUUAAAAGUUGAUUGACAAUAUGAAGGAGGAAACUCAUAUACUUACGAUAGUGACAGCAAUGCUUAAGAAGGAACCCAGCGAAGUUGAAGAAGCUCUAUUGAAGACAUUGAAAUUAAAACAAAUAGAAUAAUAAUAAGAAGAAGUCCCUCCUCAUUUGAAUCCAGAAACUCACAAACCUUUCAAAAAGCAUCACAAAAUUAAGUCAGAGUAAGUUUUAGAAUACAUUUGCUGGUUAGCUGAUGCUAAUAAGAUGUUUGAAGUAGCUUUGGGGACUUAUGAUUUCGAUUUGGUGAAGUAGGUUGCUUAAUUCACUUAGAAGGAUCCUAAAGAAUAUUUGCCUAUGUUGGAAAGAUAUUCAUAAAUAAAAGAUCCAAUCGAUAUGAAAUCCACCAUUCAUAUUGAGUUAAAGAAUUAUGAUAAGGCUAUUAGAGUGUUGUCAGAAGGAAAUGAGGAAUAGAAAUAAAAAUCUAUUGAAUUAAUUAGAAAAUAAAGUAGAUUCAGAAUAGCUUUAGAAGUGUAUAGAUAGGAUUAAGGAAUGAUGAAAAAAGUAAAGGAGGCUUUGGGAGAAUAUUUGAAUAAUCAAAAAUAAUAUCAUUAAGCAUCUUUAGCUUAUGAAAGUGCUGGAUUAUAUGAGAAAGCAGUUUAAGCAUCUUCUGAAAUAUUAGAUACAAAAAGAAUUCUAUCAUUUGACCCAAAGGAGGAUUAUUUGUUAAACUAUAAUUAGAUAUUAUUGGCAGCUGGAAGAUGGAAGGAUUGUGGAUAAGUUUAAGAGUAUUUGAAGAAUCAUGAAUAAGCUAUUCAUUAUUAUUGUAAAGCAGAAGAGUGGGAAAGUGUUGCAUAAUGCUUAAGACACAAAUAAAUAAAUAUUGAUGAUCAUUUAUAAUUGGCAUUCUCUUUGAAAGUGAACCAUUUAUUGAAUUAACAACAUUUGUUCAUUUAAAAAUUAGAGAGAUUAAGAAUAGUCUAAGAGUAGAAGAAAGAACAUGGUAUUUUGGCACCAUCUUAAAUAAAUGCCGAUUUUGAUCAGAUGAGCGAUGUAAGUGGGAAAUCAGGAAUGUCAAAGUCAUCCUACACAAUGUCUGUGACUACAGGAGUUAGAAAGAGAAAGCCGAAGGAGAAAUCAUUUUUGAAUAGAAACAUCAAGGAGGGUUCUCCUGUAGAAGAAGAAUAUUUGAUUGAAUUUCUAAAGGACAUACAAGCAAAAAGUGCAGAUUUAAUUAAUUCGAUUAAAAAGUUUUAAAAUUAUUUGAUUUUCUUUAAUCAGCCGAAGUUGUCUUUGGAAUUAUCAGCUAAAACUAAAGAGUAUUUAAACACUAUUAAGCCUGAAAUAAAGGGUUUGAUUUAACAGCAAUUCGAAGAAUAGAAUUAACAAGCUAUUGAUUUAUAUCCUUAUAAAUCUGUUGUACCAACCGAAUUUAAUCAAGCUUUGGAUGAUUUAAUUAAAUGA